CCUGUAAGCAGCAGCAUAGAGUGGAAGUGGAAGUGGAAGUGUCCUUCAUCCACAACAACAAAACACACUAUGUGUUCCCAUUCCCUUAAGAGAAUCCUCGCCAAAUUCCCUCCAACCCCCCAACACCUCAAACUCGCCCACACCAUAACCCUGAACCUCCUCAACUCCACCACCACCACCAUCCCCUGCCUCGCACCCCACGUCGCUUACCGUGUCCUCUCCCACCCCUCUCUCCCCCCUCGCUCUUGCCUCGCCUUCUUCCAUCUCCUCAACCCCAACCCAGACCUCACGGCCCACCUCAUCCUCCUCUUCCGACUCUUCCAGGCCCAAAACUUCGCCUCCUUCAAAUCCACCCUCAAUUCCCUCCUCACCCAAGCCCAAAUCAAACACCCCGUCUCAUCCCUCAUUUCCUUACUCGACCAUUACCAAUUCCAGAGCCACCCCAAUUUCCUCCGCACACUAUGCGACAUCUUGUUCCGACUCUGCGCUGACAACGGAAUGUUCCAAGACGCCUUCAACGUCUUUGACUACGGAACCGCAAAGGCUUCGCUCAUUGAGCCCAGGUCUUGCUUCGUGCUUCUGCUUGCCUUCAAGAAACGCGCCCACUUUCACUUGUGCGAGCCCUUCUUCCGCCGCAUGGUUGACUCGGCUCGCGUCGAUAUCGGCGUUCAGUCCUUGACGCUCGUCGUCGAUGUGCUGUGUAGGAACGGCGACGUUGAGAGGGCCAAGGCCUUGAUCCACGAGAUGGCCGCGAGAGGCGUCGUCACGCCCAAUGUCUUUACUUACAACACGUUGUUGAAUGCUUGCGUCGCGAGGAAGGAUCGGAACGGGGUCGGUGAGGUGUUGGCGUUGAUGGAGAGGGAGGGUGUGGUGCUUAGUUUGGCUAGUUAUACUAUUUUGAUUCAGUGGCACGCGGGUUGUGGCCGAAUUCGGGAGGCGGAGAAGUUGUUCGAUGAAAUGCGCGAGAGGAAUGUGGAGAUGGAUGUCUAUGUGUACACGUCCAUGAUAAGCUGGAAUUGUAGGGAGGGGAAUGUUAGGAGGGCGUUGGCCUUGUUUGAUGAGAUGAUUUCGAGAGGCGUUGCGCCCAACGCUCGCACGUUCGGCGCGUUGAUUAGUGGCGUGUGCAAGGCCGGGGAAAUGGAGGCUGCGCAGAUCUUGCUGGAAGAGAUGCAGAGUAAGGGGGUUGAUCUGAAUGGGGUGAUAUUUAACACGAUGAUGGAUGGUUAUUGUAGAAGGGGGAUGGUGGAUGAUGCUUUUAGGCUAAAAGUUAUCAUGGAAGGGAAAGGGUUGGAGCCGGAUGUGUUUACAUACAGCACUCUUGCUAGUGGGUUGUGUAGAUUGCAUAGGUAUGAGGAAGCGAAGGGGAUGUUAAAUGUGAUGGUGGAGAGAGGAGUGGCUCUGAAUGUUGUGACUUGCACUUUGUUUAUUGAGAUAUAUUGUAAGGAAGGAAGCCUUGCAGAAGCUGAGAGGUUCUUGAGGAAUAUGGAGAAAAAAGGAGUGGUGCCGAAUGUUGUUACGUAUAAUACUCUCAUAGAUGCAUUUAGCAAGAAAGAAAAAGUGAAGCGGGCUCAUAUGUUGAAGGCUGAAAUGAUUGAGAAGGGGCUGCUGCCGGAUGUUUUUACAUACACAUCACUGAUACAUGGGGAAUGCAUUGUUGGCAGGGUAGAUGAGGCUCUGAAGAUUUUUAAUGAAAUGUUGGUUAAGGGCAUAAGUGGAAAUGUGAAGACUUAUACGGCAAUUAUUUCGGGUUUAUCCAAGGAGGGAAGAGCAGAUGAAGCUUUUAAGUUUUAUGAUGAGAUGACGAGAAUGGGUCUAACACCCGAUGAUAGAGUUUUUGCUGCACUAGUUGGUAGCCUUCAUAAAUCCAGUUCUCAUGCUGGUGCAGAACAAAAUGAAUUUGGGGAACUGAAAACAGACACUUCUGAUACCUCGAGCUGGUCAAACACUGGUUUGUCAUCUUCACAUAGGAAGGCAGCACGUACAUGAUGAUUUUGUCCUUUAAACUCAAUCAAUAACCUGUAUUGAAAAAAAUCAUCUUCCACAUUACCAAAUUAGAGCUUUGAAGCUGGUACAAUUUACAAACAUUCUGGUGUAGGAGACGCUGCUGAAGUAUUUCGCCCAGAAUUGAGAUUUAGUCAGAUUUGUUCACAGAUGUGAGCUGUGGUUCGUGACCAGAGAGAUAACAGAAGGAGGCUUCACCGCUACAGAUACCAACAUGAACUUUUCUAAAUACGUGGAAAUGGCUGACAAAUUUCUUCUCAGACCAUACAAUCUGAUUAGAAAUCAAAUUCUAAUAAAAGAUAUGCCUAAAUUGUGGGCAUAAUGGGAGAUUCCUUUGGUGGCCUUAGCAAUUAGUGGUUAAUAAUUAAUCAGGCUAAAUUAUACUUUUGGUCUUUUAUCUUAUUUUUCAAAUUCAUUUUGAUCUUUUAUCUAUUAAAAUGUUCAUUUUGGUUUAUUAUCUUUUAUAUUCGAUUUUGAGACAUGAUUUUGAAUCAAUUUUUUUAUUGAUUCAAGACUUGAAACAUCUAAUAUUAGAUUCAUCUACAUGAAAAUUAUAAAAUGCAAUUGAUGUUUAAAUCUAAAAGAGCUAUAAAUAUAGUAAAAGUUGUGUGAAAAAUAUAUUUUAUGAAUAAUUAGAAAAUAAUAUGAAAUUAUAUUUUUUGAAAAUUUUAAUUUUCACCAUAUUUAUAACAUAUUUGGUUUGAACUUCAAUUGCAUUUAAUAAUUUUUAUAUAAAUGAAUUUUAUAAAACAAGCUUCAAGUCUUGAAUUAGUUAAAAGAAGAUUUAAAAGGACUAAAUUGACCUAAAUUUAGAAGAUAAAUGAUCAAAAUGAACAUUGAAAAAUAUAGAGAACCAAAAUGAAUAUAAAAUAUAAGAUAAAGGACUAAAAGUAUAAUUUGGCCAAUUAAUCAUGUUCCACUCAAAUUAGAUACAAUGUAAAAAUACAACAACAACCAAGCUUUUCUUUUGAGUAGGUGGGACUUUUAGGAUUUAGGAUUUUGGUGAGACCUGUUACACAGGUCAAACGAUAGUGCCAUAAUAUUUUGUUGUAAAUCAUGUCUAUAAAUAAACUUUCUGACCACUAAAUCCUUUUUAAUAGUUUUGCUUAUAGUUUUUCUUGGUCUCCCUUCAGCACUUAAAUUAUGAAUGAUUGGGACUAAUGGCUAAAUGUAGGCCACUAAUUGCUAAGGGACAAGGGUUACUGGUAACCUCACAAAAAAGGAAGCAUACUGGACUAGGCAUGGCAACGGAACGGGGCGGGGGCGGGUUUUAUGUUCCCUGCCCCGUCCCUGCAGGUUUAAACUGACCUCGCCCUUGCCCCCGAUACCCGCUGGGGGUAAAAUCUGGGUACCCAUCCCCGCCCCCGACCGGGUUCGGGUUUCCCGCCCCUGCUCCCGCUCCUGGAUUUUUUUUCUUCUAUUUUUAAUAAAUAAUAAAAAAAUUUAAAAAAUAAAAGAAAAAACAAAAUAAUACAAAUUUUUACAUUCCUUUUGGUCAAAAUAUCUCUCAAAUAGUUUUAAUAAUAUUUAAUAUAUUUUGUUAUUAUAUCUA